AUGGAAUGCAGUAAGCAAACUAUUACAGGAUCAUCAACAGUGGGAGACUUGACAGCAAAUCACAAGCUGCCCAGCUGGACACUGUUUCUGGCUGUUUGUGCUGUUGGAAUUGGAGGGACAUUUCAAUAUGGAUAUAAUGUUUCCAUUAUCAAUGCACCCACCAGGCACAUCCACAAAUUCCUAAAUGAAACUUGGAGCAGUCGCUAUCAAAUGGAACUGAAUCCAAGCUUGCUGACUCUCCUCUGGUCUGUCAUUGCGUCUAUAUUUUCCCUUGGAGGUCUGUGCGGAGCUCACAUCGGAGGCAGCAUAGCGAUUAGAUUAGGCAGAAAAGGAGCUCUUCUGGUGAACAAUUUCAUAGCGAUACUGGCCUCCAUUUUAAUGGGGAUCAGUUUUCCAACAGGAUUGUUUGAGUUAUUAAUGGUUGGCAGAUUUUUGAUUGGCGUAAACACAGGUGUUGGCAUCUGUGUGCAACCACUCUAUAUAGGGGAGAUUGCCCCAAAACAUCUCCGAGGUGCUAUGGCCAUGGGCAGUUCCAUAUUUUUGACUGGAGGAAUUCUGACAGGACAAAUAAUUGGUCUAAGGGAAUUACUUGGUGGAGAAAAGUAUUGGCCUUUCUUGCUUUCCAGCAGCUGUUUCCCAGCAUUAGCCCAACUAUUCUUUCUCCCAUGGUUUCCUGAAAGUCCCAGGUACCUUCUUAUUGACAGAAGGGAUGAGAUGAAAUGCACCAAGGCUUUGAAGCGUUUUCAUGGGCCCUUGCACUACCAGGAGGAGAUGGAAGAUAUACAGAGAGAACGUUUUGCCUUAAAUGGGGAGAAACCCAAGAAACCGUGGCAACUAUUCGGUGAUCGCUGUGUAAAGUGGCAGCUCAUUACUGUGAUUGUGAUGACUAUGGGCCAGCAGCUCAGUGGGAUAAAUGCUAUUUAUUUCUAUGCAAGUUACAUUUUUAAACAAGCUGGGAUCCCUGCAGAAAAAAUUCCAUAUGUUACUCUGGGCACGGGAGCUUGUGAAUGCCUCACAGCCCUCACUUGUGGUUUGCUGAUUGACUACCUGGGAAGAAGACUGCUCAUCAUUGGAGGAUACACCCUGAUGAGCUUUUGGUGCAUAGUGUUAACAUUCUCCCUGACGUAUCAGGAGCUGUAUCCCUGGGUGCCUUAUUUGAGCAUGGCUUCUAUAUUUGCUUUCAUCCUGAGCUUUGGGUUAGGUCCAGGUGGUAUAACAAAUGCACUGACAGCUGAAUUAUUUACACAGUCUUCACGGCCUGCUGCUUACAUGAUAGGAGGAUCUGUUAGUUGGCUGAGUUUCUUCACAAUAGGAAUGCUCUUCCCCUUUAUAGUGAAUGGACUGAAGCAGUAUUGCUUUGUGGUGUUUUUACUGGAAAGCUUGUUGGUUGCCAGUUUCAUCUUCUUUGUCAUUCCUGAGACAAAAAACAAAUCUUUUCUGGAAAUCAAGCGAGAAUUUCAACACCUUAACUUUAGAGGAAGAAUCAAAGAGAAGGAAGCAGAGCUAUGUGAAAGAAGACAGCUCUGCAAUGAAUUUUAGAGUGCACUUUACAUCUCACAGGUGUAAGGCAGCCACAUUAAUGGGAAUUAUACACAUAUGCUCCCAUAUAUUGAGAAAAAUAGUGUUAAGGAAUGUAUUCAAAGAUAGCUUGUUAUAUCAUCAGGUGAAACUUAUUUAAAAGGUAGACUAA